AAGAGCUGACAGACGAGCCUGCCUGUUUUGCCUAGUGCCCCUUCACACGAGGAGGCAUCCAGACGACUUCAAGGGCGAGAUCAUCUCUUUUUCUCCAAACCAGGCAUCAUGGCCAAAGUAAACAGUAGCACUUCCAGUUGCAGGGCCAUGGUAAUGGCUGGCAAAUACCUAUCGAAUCCAUCACCGGUGCUCUCCCAAAGCACCGGUCACCGAAGGAUGUUGAAACUUCAGCGGCGUUUAGCGAGUUCAAACGCGGCCGGCCACGGGAGCAAAAUCCCGGCUCUGGGACAUCAAGAUUUCCCCAACACUUUCUCAGCCUCUGACCGUCAUGUGUUGUCAACCCGCACUUUAAUUUAUCGCGAUGUCAAGGCUUUUCUCAAUGAAAUUGGUGGAGACCCCAGAGAAGCCCGAUACUGGCUAACCCAGUUCCAGAGAGCGAGUUUGUCACAAGCCCCUGCAUUUGCAGUUAUAGAAGUGGAUAAGUCCGUGUUUCAGCGCGGCGACAUGCUGCAGAGCUUGGCCUUCGGGCUCUCCUUCCUGCAGCGGAUGGACAUGAAGCCAGUGGUGGUGAUGGGGCUCUCUCGGGCAGAGGUGGAGGAGGAGGUGUUGGCAGGGUCCACGUCCAACAUCAGGGCGAACCUAGUUGAGCGAAGCCAGGCUCUGACGGAGUUACUGCAGCAACACUCGGCCACUGUCAUCCCUUUCUUUAGUGCCGAAGCACUGCUUCUGCAACAGGACCCUCCCAACGGAAGCAGUGGUGAAGGGCCUAUAUCCGUGGACAGCGGUCUUCUGCAGUGGAGCCUAGACUGUGGCGCCAUCCCCCUUGUGUGCCCCGUGGGGAGGAACACCACUGGGUGUUCAGUAGCGCUGGACUCGGUCAAUGUGACCGCAGCCAUCUCCAGAGCCCUGACACCCCUCAAGGUCAUGUUCCUCAACAGCCGGGGUGGUCUACGCAACCAGGACCACAAGGUCCUGGGUUCGGUGUCUCUGCCCGGGGAUCUGCCGGGCCUGACCAGUGCGUCGUGGCUGAGCCUGGCAGAGUGCCAGCAGGUGGCCACCAUCGCCCAGCUUCUCAACCAGCUGCCCUGCGAGUCGUCCGCGGUCAUCACCUCCGGCAAGACCCUGCUCACUGAGCUCUUCAGUCACAAAGGUUCAGGAACCCUGUUUAAAAACGGAGACCCCAUUCACCGGUACACCUCGUUAGAGGGCAUCGACUUGGAGCGCCUGCUGGCUCUGAUCAACAAGUCGUUCGACAAGACCCUGAAGGAAGACUACAUCGAGUCUCUGAAGGGACGCCUACACUCCAUCUACCUCUCUAAAGGCUACAGCGCGGCGGCCAUCAUCACCAAGGAACCAGUGGGCAGUGCCACUCCCUACCUGGACAAGUUUGUGGUGAGCAGCAGCAAGCAGGGCCAGGGCACCAGCCAGAUCCUCUGGCAGUGCAUCCGCCAGGACCUGGGGCGCCUCUUCUGGAGGUCCCGCGGCUCCAACCGCAUCAACCCCUGGUACUUCAAACAUUGUGACGGUAGCUUCGCCAACGGCAGCUGGACCGUGUUCUGGUUCGGCCUGACCGACAUCAGGGACUCGUACGAGCUGGUGGAGUAUGCCAAGCAGGUUCCCGACUCCUUCUACGAGCCAAUCGGAGGAGGAGGAACCGCUGCCCAGACACCGCCCCUCCAAUCCUGAAUGACCUCCUGACCGCGCCUACUCCCAACACGCUCCAAGACCCACGUUCUGUUACGCCCCAAGGUUUUUAGACGAGAAGAGCAGUUCUAUCAUUUCAUAAACUGUUUUUGGAGUAGUGCGUUAUGGGGUUGAUAGUUUGUGUUAUAUGCACGACACAUUUGCGGAAUUCUGCUGAUGAUGCUGGAUUUAGGAGUGGAUACCGUGAUUAUUUAUCUAUUGCUGCUCUUGUCUUAAGGCUACUGCAAGUCACUUGGAAGUUUACAAGAAUGUGUUUACUUGAACCUGGCAAUCAUUUCAAGUUCAUGUGCUGGGCUGAGGUUUUCAGAGGUGAGACUGAAACAACCAAAAGGGUGCUGCAGAUCUUUGGAUGGUCUUGAUAGAUAUUUUGUAUUUCAUUUCACUCCUUUUUGGAUUAGCAGGGAGUUUUGCAAAGAAUGAUUAUCGCAUUUGCACUGCCUCUUGAUGUGAAGUCGACCCUCGUGACAGCCUGUAGUACAGUAUUCUUUUGGAGAGCCGAAGAUCUCCAAGUCUCAGGUCGGCAUAAAGACAUUCUCGCACUCUCACAAACGCGCAUUUGUUCAAAGCAGUGUGUGAAGAGAAAGCAUGGAUGUGCGGUGGAUAGUUUGCGGUGGCACACCUGUUUCAAUGACUUACUAUAGUAACACUAACAGUAAACUACUUAAUACUUUAUAAUAAUAAUAAGGACUUAUUAUUACUUGAGAAAUUUGAGGCCUUAUUCCCAGCAGCUGGGCUGGGGGGUACAACACUGUUUACAUUUACAGUACAUACACUGUAGAGGAUGCAUCACUGACACAAUGGUUUUG